UUAUUUAAGACGUGAGAAGCCAGUACUGGGUCAUCUGAUUGGAACUGCGUCUGCUUGCGCAGACACACGUUGAACUUUAGAAGUGAAAAACUGGUACAAAAUAUGAAGGUAAGCACUGAUAACUAAUUGUUUCAAAUGCCAGGACGACUACCUUUGGUAAUAGGGCCUGUAUCUGUGAUUUUUGAGGAUGAAUGUUAGUAAUUGAAAAUAAACAUGGAUUUGGAAAAUCGUCUUAAAUAAUUGUCUCCUGUUUUUGUGCGCAUGUCAGUAAAGGGAUAAAUACAAUGCGUUGUGUAUCUAAAGGAUUAGAUCUAAGGUAUAUUUAAAAGAAAGGAUUCGCGCACCUUAGUCUUAGAUCAGCCAGACAAAUCACAAUAAUGGUAUGUAAACGUUCGUACCCUUUAUUUGAACAGCAGUUUAUAGUUUAUAUCGAGUUCCGGAUUUUCUCGUCAAUCUAUUUUCUAUGAAAUUACUCAAAUGUGAAGUUAUAGUCUGUAGAAAUCAAUCAACAAACGGAGAAAUAUUUUUGAACUUUUUCAAGUGGUAGCGAAAUUUGAGUUCGUCAAUAUCGGUGCAGACGGUUUCACGCAGAGAAAAAAAAAAGCAUGAAAUGAAUAUGGUUUUUCAAGAUGUCUUUUAUUUAUGCAUGUUUCUUGAUGCUGAAUAUCAAUUGUACGGCAGAAUCAAGGCUGACGCACUUCAAGAAGUAUUUCAAUAUAGUGCGUUCUUUAUGCAAAUUAAGCGCGCAUUUUUGCUGUCAGAAUGUGACAUGAGCAGCUUGAUCAUGUAAAUCUGUUUUAUCAAUUAUAUUGCAUGGGUUACCGUUUUGUAUUGUACAAUUAUGAACUUCAGAAGGAAUAUUUUGUUUCACCGUAGAGCAAUGGUUUAAUAGGUGAAAAAUACUAUAAAAAUAAGAGGUUUGCAAUUUAAUACUGCAUAACUAUCAUUUUAUAGAAGGCCCACAGUAAUUGGUUUUAAGCUGUUGUGGUGUCCUCGCCUUUUUGUUGUUGUUACCUUUUUGUCCAACCUUGAAACGUAUGUUUUGUCUAAGUCUAUGCCAAGUUUUCCAGCAAUUUUCCGUAUUUUCCAAUGUUGGGCUCAUAAAAUUCAAGAUAUUUUAACUGAAAUGAAUAUAUAUGAUCGUAAAAUUAAACCGUCCUAGGUCAAGGGUGCAUGUUUUUGUUUGACUUUCAUGUUGAGACAUACAGGGGCGUUGAAGUUUGUGCGUUUUGGGUUGGACAGAAAUGGUUGUGUGUACGUGUUGUUUGAUUGUGUACUUAUAGGCGAAGCUAAAUAAAUAUAUAAUUUUUGAAUGUCCAAAAGCUCGAGACGGGUUCAAACAUGCAACCCUUGUGAAAACAAUGCACGUAAGGUAAACAGGGCAGCUAUUUUACAUGGUCUAUACCAGCAUGGAAGAAGAAGAAGCACAACGCCCAGAUUUCUUUCAAAACGUAAAAUUUAAGUCGUAUAAAACGUAUAAUGAGGGAAAAUGAUAUGCGUGGAGCGUAGCAGAACAGCUUUGAUUAGCCGGUUUAAUAAAACGAUCCUGCUAUUACAAAAACAUCAUCUUCCCGCGGUUCCCCCCAGUGCCCCCCACUGCCAAACCAAUUUAGAUGAGAUGAACUUAUUUCUUCCGCAGGUAUAUGCUGCAUAUCUUGUCCUUCUGCUCGUGUGGAAAUUUAGGAUUGGUCAAAGCGCUCAGAAAAAAAAGAAAAAAGAUGUAAGUGUGGAUAUACAGGCAUAUUAGACCGAGCAUGAGUGCUACUGAUCGAUUUACCCCUGUGUCCAUCUUGUACCCAACUGUUUAACACUGAUUCAGUUCCCUCAAACAAAUCCUAAUUCAAAACUUAGAAUUUACCCAUGCCGUACAAAGUUCCUGCUGUGAUCACAGAAACUUUGAUAGUGUAAACUAGGCUUAACAUAUAUCCUUUUCUCCAGCCUUACAACUACCUAAUGAGAUAUGGCUACAUCAAGACAAUGACCGACCUCGUCUCACACGCCCACACGGCUGACGCCGCGAUACGAAAGUUCCAACGAUACGCACAACUUCCAGUUACAGGCAAGAUGGAUCGCGCGACGAAAAGCAAGCUGACAGGACCUCGAUGUGGUGCUCAAGAUUUUCGACCAAUUACACCCAAGGUCGCUGGCCUCGCCGUUCGAGGCAUCCCUGUGGCAUCCUUCAGAGAUAUGCGCAGAAAGAAACGUUAUGUACAACAAGGAACAAAAUGGCAAAAACAGGUAAAAGUUCUUGGAAAGGAAGUUUUUAUCAUCCUCUGUCAAAUGCGACAAUGCGUCCUGUUUGCUGACUACCAAACACCGCAGCUUUUCUGUCGACACUCCAGUUUCUUCCUGCGGUGACAAUGGACCGCUCUGAAGGGAUGACCCUAUAAAUCGAAUUCUAGGGAGAACAGUUUUCAUAUGAUACAGUUAUGCAAUGUAAAUAGAGUUAGUUCAGUUUAGGUUUCCUCGUGUAGUGAAAACAGUUUAGAACUGAUAGAGCUAUCCAGUAUUAAAUAAAGUUAGUUUACGUCAGGUUUCCUUCUGUAGUAACACUGGAUCAAUAAGAGAUGAUCCUUUCUGGACCUAUAGGGAGAACAGUCUAGAACUGAUAGCGGAGCUAUCCAGUAUUAAAUAAAGCCGGUUAAUUUAGUUUAGGUUUCCUCCUGUACUGUAGUAAUACUUUGGGGAGAACAGUUUAGAAAUGAUAGACGGCUAUCCAAUAAAGACAAACCUACUAUAUUUUGAGUUUUUUAGGUCCAGGAAAAAUUGACAAAGCGAUAAUUAUGUAGUCCUGAACACAAAUUAAAAGCAUUUAUUUUCGUUUCUUGAAGAGUCUAACUUGGAGUCUACACAGUUAUCCAUCUCAUUACGUCUCGUUAUCCCGAGCAGAUGUCGUUAGAACGUUGGAUAAAGCCUUUAAAAUGUGGCAGUCGGUUUCUCAAUUGAAUUUCAAGAAACUAAGUAACAACCGUCAGGCUGACAUUAUAGUAUUGUUUGGUCGUGGUGACCAUAAUGACCCAUACAGGUUUGAUGGUCGAGGUGGUACUCUGGCGCAUGGUUAUUACCCAGGAUCUAAUACAGGUAACUUGCUAGCUUUUCCCUUCGAAAAUAGUUUGUAACAAAGCCUGGUUUACACUGUCAAAAGUUUCUCUGAUCACAAAACCUUUGACAGUGCAAACUAGUCUUAACAAAGGCUGGUAUAGCUGUAUCAGUUUUUAAGUGUUCACCGUAUCCGGGUAAGGAUCAUCUUCUAAGCUGGAGUUACACGGGUAACAAAAUUGCUGCAAUUUGCAACAAAAUCUGAUUUCAACGCAUGUUAAGUAGAAAUGUCGACACAUGUUGCCUUGUGAUUUGUAAUUUAUGUGUAAACAUUUUCAAUUAACAUGCGUUGAAAUCAGAUUUUGUUACAAGUCGCAGCAAUUUUGUUGCUCGUGUAACUCCACCUUUAGUGGUCCGGGGGCAGGUUGUUCGAACGCUAGUUUAGCUUAAUCCUGGGUUAACCCAUCUUCAAAGCAAUCUUCCCAACAGCUUGUUUUUAAACAUAGAAAUAUUUUUUCCCGAAAUCGUAUCUGAAUCAACCGAAGUUUUAUUUUUGACGUUUUGAAAUAAACGGACAUGGAGAAAAAAUACACACACCAAAAUUUUAAUCCAGGGUUAGCGCUAAUGCAUCUUUGAACGACCGGCGCCAGUAUCAUUAGGAAAGCAGAGUACCCAGAGAAAACCUGCAAAGUUCGGUAGAGUCAAACUGGAAGCACUCUUCUCACAUGUGACCGACGUGAAAUUAUAAUCAGACAACUCACAACUGCAUAUUGCAGGAAUGGAAACCCAGUUACAGAUUUGAAAGGUACAAGGUAUUAGCCACAAACUUGAAGGCAACAAAGGUUUUUGUAGUCACAGGGGACUUUGUAACAAUAUAUGAACAUUUUACGUACCAAUUUCAAGGUUUGGCUGGUGACAUUCACUUUGAUGACGAUGAGACAUGGUCAUUAAAUGGUCGACAAGGCACCACAGAUCUUCUGUGGACCAGUUUACAUGAGAUUGGUCAUGCUAUUGGCUUGGAACAUUCGCAGAAGAGAGAUGCGAUCAUGUGGCCUUGGUUUGAAGGAUAUCAAGCUGGUUUGAAGCUAAGACAAGACGAUAUUUCUGGAAUACAGAGUAUUUAUGGUACAGUGUUUAAAUGUUUCUUAAAUAAAGGUGCAAGUAAUAGGGUGCAUUAGCUGAUGGUUGAACAGUAGCGAAUCUGGCCAUGGCAACAGGUUAUACUCUGAAAUUUUUUAAUGAUUUGCAUUUAUAUUCAAACCUUUAGAAAUUUAUUAACAUAGCAUGACCAGUAACCACGGCUAGCUUCGUCAUUGGGUGGAACCGCGCAAGUUUCGAAUAUGCAAAGAAAAUUAUUGUGUCUAAUAUUUGGUGGAAGAUCAAGUAUAACGAAUACUUAUUUUGAAUCAUUCUUGACUAGGUGUUCGAUCUGGAGAUACCACGUGCCCAGCUACUAAUGAAAAGAAGCCUAAAGUUUCGUCACUCUGUAACUACGGUAACUUAAAUGACGUGAUCUACCACAAGGCAACCUGCACCACCUACAUAUUCCGGGGAUAUUAUAUGUGGAGAAUGAAUAAUGCGAAACAGGCCAGCAAUCAUGAACGGAUUUCGUCCAAGUUUCGCGGACUCCCUGGCUACAUUGAUGCAGGAUACAGCAGAAACGAUGGUUCUAUGGUGUUCUUUAAAAAUAACAGGUAGGAGAGAGACUGUGUUCUAUUGACUAUGAGCCACGAACGAGGCAACACAGGAGUUUUGUCAACUUCUUUUUCUCACCACAACAUUUUGCACAAGUGUAUUUAGUGAACCAAAUCUUUCGUUUUGCAGAUACUGGAUUUACGACAAGAAUUUCAGAAAGAUCAAAGGAUCAGCACGACUCAGUAAUUUCAUCAAAAACAGCAAGGCCACUGGCUUGGACAGAAUUGAUGCAGCCAUGGUUUGGGAUGGCAACUCAAGAGUUUAUUUCUUCCGUAGAGACAAAUAUUGGCGAUACAAUGAGGAGAGAAAGGAGAUAGACCCUGGUUAUCCCAAGAAAAUAUCUGUUUGGCGUGGUGUGAAAAGCCCUGUCGAUGGAGCAUUCAGCUGGAAGAACAGCAGAUCAUUUUUUCUCAGGGCCAAUAAUAUUGAUAAAUUUAACAAUUAUAAAUUUGCUGUGCAAAAAGGACGUGGAUUAAAGAAAUUUAUCCGAAAUUGCUAGUUAUUGUAAUCUAGAUAUUUUUGUAUAUAGUGGUUUGCAAAUGAAACUUUCAGUGCGAUUUGCGAAGGAACUUUAGUCAUAGAAGUAAAUAAGUUUGUAAAUAUAUAACGCACGCGAUUUUUUAUUGCUAAUAAAUGAUAAACGUACAAUGAUAAUGGUU